CAGUUGAGAUUUCAAAAAUUAACGGUGUUGUGUGUUUACUCGGUUCAUUUUAACAUUUUAAUUGAAUUUUCGGGUUUUAAGACCAUUUAAUAUAAUUAAAGUAGUGAAUAUUAAAGAUAAAAGUAUAUACCGGGUUUUGAGUGAAAAAGAAACCAAUUAAAUAGCAUAGAACGGAUAUAAAUCAAUGAAAAAUAAUGGACGAUCUAAGACAAAAAGUAUCACAAGAAGUAAAUGAAAUAGCAGAAGAGAAGAUUGAAUAUCUGUCUCAGCUAUGGAAGGAGUUGUUUGAGAAAGAAAUUGGCAUGGACCAUAUGAGAAAAUUGUUAAAUCAUGUCGAUGCAUUCUUUACGGAUAUUAUCGUUGAAACUGAGAGUCGUAAAGAAGCUAUUAUGGAAAGGAUUGAAGAUUUAAACAGCGAAAAAGAGAAUUUAAAGCGCCUUUUAAAGGAAGAUGUUGAAGAUGUGCCUGAAUCUCAUGUUCCUCUAUAUACACUUCAAAUGAAUAUCGAUGAGAGCUUGAAGAAUUUGAGGGAAAAGUUGCGUCGUCGUCAUGAACAAAUUGAAAACUAUCUCCAUGAACAAGAUGUUUUAUGUUCUGAAUUGGGCGAGUCAAAACGACCAUUAAGUGCCGAUCCAUUACCAUCUGAAGCUGAAAUGAAUCAAUUUGCUGAUCAUUUGGAAUCCUUAACAGAUUUAAAGUUUAAGCGUUUGGCAGAAAUCAUGAAUGUUCGAGAGGAUAUCAAGGAAGUGGUCUCAAAAUUGGAAUUAAAAGUACUUGGAGAUUUUGAAAAUAAUCUCGUCAAUUCUGAUGAUUUGAAGCCAACAAAGAAUAACAUCCAGAAGCUUAAGGAUCUUUAUCAGUUAUUCGAAAGUCAAUAUCAAAAGAUGAAAUAUCAAAUGGAAGACAUGAAAAAGCGAUUAAGUCAAUUAUGGAAGUUUUUGGAUAUCCCUGAAUCUCAUCAGCAUAAAUUUGAUAAAUAUACGGAAAUCAAUCAAUCAAACUACGAUAAAUUGCACUUUGAAGUUGAACGAUGUGAACAGAUUAAGAGAGAGAAUAUUCGUGUAUUUAUUGAACGUGUUCGUAUAGAAAUUGAAGAAUAUUGGGAAAAAUGUUUAAAGUCUGAAGCUGAACGCUUGCGAUUCCGUACAUUUACUGCCAAUACAUACAAUGAAGAUGUCCUAGAAAUGCAUGAAGAUGAACUGCGUGAAUUAAAGUUAUUUUAUGAAAAUAAUGAGCAUAUAUUUAAUAUGAUUCAGGAACGACAAGAUUUAUGGAAUCAAAUGGAACUACUACAGAAUAAGGAACAGGAUCCAAAAAGGUAUGCAAAUCGUGGUGGACAGCUUUUGAAGGAAGAAAAGGAACGUAAAAUGAUUACAAUAAAAUUGCCUAAAAUUGAAGCCAAACUUAUUGAAAUGUGUGAAGAAUUUGAAGCAACUAGCAAGCGUCCAUUUACUGUAUUUGGUGUAGCUGUUCAGGAUUUAAUUGAAAAGGAUUAUGAUACAAAACGUCAAGAGAAAUUGACUAAAAGUGGAAAGAAGAUAUUGGCAACUCCAAUGAAAACUCCAUUACGUGCAAAUACAACUGGAUUAAGGACUCCAUUAACUGUUGAACAGACAUUAAUCAAUAGAACAAAUGCAGCUAAAUCAACAGGAAAUCGAUUAAGAGUUCCAACGUCUGCAUUACAAAUAAAGACACUCUCAACAACAUCAUCGUCUACAGCCUCAUCUGUUCGGUCUGUUCAUACUGAAAAUGGCAAACGAAAAGUUAUAGCACAAGUUUCAUCGGUUCCACCUGCAAAACGUAAAUUAUUAGGCGCUUUUGUAUCGCCAGCACCAAGAAAUGUCUUAAAGCCAACAAUUAAUAAUACACAGAAUGUUCAAAACAAAUCAAAUCGUGGCAACAAAAGUGCAACCCUUAAAGUUUAUAAUGUUGGAUCCAUAAUUAAGCGACGAUCAAAGUCACGAAAAAGUAUUGGAAAGAAGCGACGCAGCAGCUUACAAAAGUGUAAGAAAAUUCCUGAAAUUUUACUGAGUUCGACAGAGACGUUAAAUACAGACACGACGAACUACGAGGGAUUUGAAAAUUACGUUUAUGAAAGCAAGAAAAUAAUAAGAUCAUCGGAACUUCCUCGACCACUUUAUGUACCUGUUAAUCAUCAUGGAUUUGCAUCACCAAUGAUGAAAAAAACUCCAACAAAUAAUCGCGUUGGUCUAACACCGUCCAGUUCAACUCCAUCAAAACACUAUGUCCAGCCAAAAGAACUUGAGUUUUCGAUGAUUAUCUAGAUAUAAAAAGUUUCGUUGCAAUUAAUUUAAGCUCUAUACCGUUUUAUUAGAUAUAAAUCAAGUCACAACAAAAAGAAAGAAUCAAUAAUAAUUUUAAGUCGCUCUCUGAUUAGAAACUUUUAUUUUGGAAGCAUAUACAGAAAAUCUGCAUGGAAAGCAACUUUAUUUUUCUAUUCUUUUGUUGUAUCUCACAUAAACAUUUAUGUCCAUUAUUAUUACUUUUUGAAUAAAUUUAAGCUUUUAUGAUUUUCCAACAGC